AUGGUUCAGACCAUGAAACGUCUUAUCACGAAAUCUCAAGAUCCAUACUUAGCUCUUUUGGAGUAUCGGAACACCAAGAUUGAUGUUAUUGAUAUGUCUCCAGCCCAGCUAUUUCUAGGACGAAGACUGAAGUCUAUCUUACCUACUGCAGUCCCUCUAUUGAAAUCAUGUGUAGAUGACAACACAUUGGCCAAAAUGAAAUGUCGACAGGAAAAACAGGAGGAGAACUUUAACAGACAUGCUAAGAAGGAACCAAUUAAACCUCUAAAGGCAGGAGACCCAGUAAUGAUGCAGAGCCAAUCAGGACAAUGGACAAGCGGAUUCGUUAAAGACUUGCACCCUACGAAACGUUCAUAUGUCAUCCAGAGCAAAGGAAGGUGGUACAGACGUAACCGCAAGUUCCUGAGACCUACUCGUGUCCGAAGUAACUUGGUUUCCAGAGAUGAUGUCCCUGCAUAUACUGAUGUGACAUUGUGUUCUAAGACCACUCAGAGCACCAAUGACAUAUCCACAGCUUCAGAUGUGCAGCCAAAUACGGUCACAGAGACAGCUACAUCUGAUGUCGAACCACCAGCCGAAAACCCUGCGCAUGUUACCCGUAGUGGCCGCUGUGUUAAACUUCCUGCGCGAUACCGAGAAUGA